AUGGAUAAUAUUCCUAUGGAGGAAAGAAUAGGUAUUGCAUCAAUGCAAUUUGAAGGAGAGGCAGUGCAAUGGCAUCUGUCCUACAUGGAGUACAGGCAAUAUUUGCAACCUCCAUCAUGGACUGAAUAUGUCAUGGCUUUGAUGGACUAUGAUGACCUAAUGGAGGAACUCAAGAAGGUAACACAAACUGGCAAUGUAAAGGACUAUCAAGCUGCUUUUGAGAAAAAUUUGACAAGAGUUAACCUAUCUCAGGAAAAUGCUAUUAGUUGUUUUCUUGGAGGGUUAAAACAUGAGCUUAAUAUGGCUGUGAAGUUAACUAACCCCAAGACAUUAUCUGAAGUAUACAAGACUGCAAGAAUGCAAGAAGCUUAUCUUGCAGCCAUCAGAAUGGGUGGCACAGGAGUCCAAGUUCAGCCUGCAAAUAGGAGGUAUACAGAUCACAGGUUUUCAUCUAAACCUCCAUUAUUAUCAACUCCUGCAACUGGUAAUGCAGUGCCAUAUAAAGGGAUAAAUAGAAGAACAUUGAGUGUGGAGGAAAUGAAUGAAAAGAGGGCCAAAGGACUGUGUUAUUUCUGUAAUGAGAAAUAUACUCCUGGUCAUAAGUGCAAGAAUUUGAAACAAUUAUAUUUGUUAGAGUUGGAGGAAACCAUACCAGUAGUAGAAGAACCCAUAGAAGAUGAAGUGAUGAAAGUGGAGGAUCAAGGGUUGGAAGUGCAAGCUCACAGUUUACAACAAAUGGAGAUAUCAGUACAUGCACUAAAUGGCACACUUGGAUAUAGAACUAUGAGAGUAACUGGUUAUCAUGCCAAGAAACCAUUACACAUUUUAAUAGCUACUGGAAGUUCUCACAAUUUUAUUGAUCCUAGUGUUGUCAUGAAGUUGGGUUGCACUAUCAAACCUACUAUACCAGAUGUAGUAUCUGCAACUAAUGGAAAUGCUAUGAGAGUGGACAAAAUGUGUACCAUUUCCUGGUUACUACAAGGGGUUGAAUUUUUAGCUGACUUUUUGCUAUUACCCUUGGGAUCUUGCAGUGUAGUUCUAGGGGUUCGGUGGCUUUUGACAUUGGGUGAUAUCAAGAUGAAUUUCAAGAAACUAACUAUGGAAUUCUGGUACAAAGGAAGGAAACAUUGCCUCAGGGGAGCUGGCACUCAAAUCACUUCACCAGGAGCUGGGAAAUUGGCUAAAGCUUCAGGUAAUCAAGCUGAACUAUGCAUGAUACAAGUUGUUCCAUCCAUGAGCAGUGGUAUGCAGUGGUAUGCUAUAGAAACUAAGGCUAAUCCAACUAUUGAUAUUAGAUUACUAGAUCUAUUAUCUGAGUUUAAACUACUAUUUGAGGAACCUAAGCAACUUCCUCCAUCCAGAGGUGUCUUUGACCAUAGAAUAGUGUUAAAAAAUGGUACUGAACCAAUAAAUAAGAGACCAUAUAGGUACCCCUCUGUUAAGAAGGAUAUCAUUGAAGAGUUAGUGCAACAAAUGUUAGAUCAAGGCAUCAUACAACCUAGUUGCAGCCCAUUUGCUUCUCCUGUGGUGUUAGUGGGAAAAAAAGAUGGUUCAUGGAGAAUGUGUGUUGACUAUAGAGACCUCAACAAAUUCACUGUAAAGAAUAAAUUUCCUAUUCCCAUUGUAGAGGACCUAUUGGAUGAAUUGGAGGGUUCUAAAAUCUUUUCUAAGAUUGAUCUAAGGUCAGGAUAUCACCAACUGAGAAUGGCAAUAGAGGAUGUGCCCAAAACAACUUUUAGAACACAUUCAAGACAUUUUGAAUACCUGGUCAUGCCUUUUGGCAUUUGA